AAAAAUGAGCAUAAAAUCUAUGGGUAUAUAUAUAUAUAUAUGGCUAGUAAAUCUGUGCACAAUCUGAUCCAGCGAUGCAAUAAUUACUUAGGUGCAAACAGCUUAAAAGGGGGACGGAGAUCUCUGAUUCCUCAGCAACUCUCCUUUGCCAGAAAGUUUGCUGCAAGAGAAGGCUUGGGAUUUGCGAAGCUAAACUAUCGCUCUUUUUUCUUUCUUCUUGUUUUCUCUCUUUCUUUGACAUAUCAUCACUGAAAAAACAUAGAAGAUGGGUAGCAGUUAUUUUGGAGAACCAAACAUGGGAAAUGAAAGAGGAGGGUCGUCUUCGAGAAAAGGCAAGAAGAGUAAUUCAGACAAGCCUAAGCAACCCCAGAGAGGCCUUGGUGUGGCUCAAUUGGAGAAGAUCAGAUUACAUGGACAAAUGGGCUCUAGCUACCAUCCUUCUCUUCAUGGACCUUACGCUGGAAAUUUCAACCAGGAAGACAUGAGAGUGCAGACAGCUUAUUCAUCUAUGCCAUCAUCAUCCUUUUCUUAUUCAUCAACCUCAUCAACAUCCUCAGCUUCUUAUGGUUUCCACCCCAGCAUGAUGAUGGGGCUAGGUGAAUAUGAUCAAAGAGCAAACAUCAGAUAUGGUGAUUCCCAACCUAGUACUGCAGCAAGCAGUUGGAACCCCGGCAGUGGCAUCUUAGACACUCAACAUUAUGCACAACCAAACAUGACCAGACAGCUUCUAAACCUACAUGUCGAGGAUUCACAACCAAAAAAGAGCAAGAAACACAGGAGCAACUCAUUGGGAUCUAGCAGUCAUAAUUCUGAAUCAAGUGACACGCAAGAGCUGGAUUUGGAGCUUAGACUGUCAUUGUAAUCAGCAGUUUUCC